GUAGUCUGACUGUCCUCCACAUUCAAAGAGACCAACACCCGGAAACAACGAUCCACACCGCCGUCUUCGAUCACAUUGCAUUACUAAGAUUCACAGUUUCAAUUCUAUAAUAAAAAUUAGCAACAUUUGUAUAUUUUCUUUUACCCAUUUUUGAAUUCCACAAGAAUCCUCCAUGGGUUGGGUUUCAGACACAGUGGACUCCAUCAAGUCCAUUAAAGUCAGAGAAGUUUUGCACCAACUCAUUGUUCUUGGGAUGAUUGUAACAACGGCACUAAUUAUAUGGAAAGGGUUAAUGUGUAUUACUGGAACUGAAUCACCAGUUGUUGUUGUUCUUUCCGGAAGCAUGGAACCUGGUUUCCAAAGAGGUGACAUUUUGUUCUUGACUAUGAGCAAGGAUCCUAUUCGUUCAGGAGACAUUGUGGUUUUCAAUAUAGAUGGACGUGAUAUUCCAAUUGUUCACCGUGUAAUUAAGGUCCACGAACGUGAAGAUACAGAAGACAAGUAUUACCUUACUAAAGGAGACAAUAAUCCUAUGGAUGACAGGGUUUUGUACAAUCAUGGCCAGAAUUGGUUGGAGAAAAAGCAUAUUAUGGGAAGAGCUGUCGGGUUUGUACCUUAUGCUGGUUGGGCUACAAUAAUUAUGUCUGAAAAGCCUAUUAUCAAGUAUGUACUCGUAGGGGCAUUGGGACUGCUGGUUUUGACAACAAAGGAAUAGGCUAAGAAGCAAUCAUAUAAAUACAACAAUGUAUAAGAAUCUCAGAAUAUUUUUGAAGUUAUUAGUGAAAAUAAUUUAUAGUUUCUUCAAUGCCUCCUUACUGGAAUGAAGCAAUUUAUAGUUUCUUCAGUGCUUCAAUGGUGAAUUAAUACCAAGGCAGUGAUGGGCAAAACAUACAACUCAUAGUCAAGUCUCAGUUUAACCAUCAACCAAAACAUAAAGCAUAUUCCCAACAGAGUUAAUGAUGACUUUUUUUAAAAUGAUUUUAAUUUUUUUUUUUUGAAAACAAUAAAUUUGUCAAAAAUAUAUUUUUAUUAUUCUCGAAAAUUCAUAAAUACACACUGUUUAUGUUCA